GAGGAGGAGGAGGAGGAGGAGGAGGAGGACGCUGAUUGGAUCACGGGACUAUCCAGAGACCGUACUUCCUCACUCGCUGCUCUGACUUGUCCUGCCUGACCAGCUGCAGGAGCCGACAGUUUCACUAUGCCACCAAAGAGGAAAUCCGCUCAAGCAGCCACUACCAAGGGCAAAAAGGUGAAAACGGAACCGGAGGAGGCCUCCUUGAAGUCGACUGUUACUGCGCUGAAGGCCGCCCCAAAGGAGAAACUCAAGGCCAAGAUCGAUGAGCAGUGUCCACUGAGCAUUGAAGCACAGGCCGCGGUUUACGAGGACUAUGACUGCAUGCUGAAUCAAACCAACAUCGGAAACAACAACAACAAGUUCUACAUCAUCCAGCUGAUUGAACAAGACGACUCGUACUACUGUUGGAACCGCUGGGGCCGGGUGGGAGAAACUGGGCAAUCCAAUCUGAGUUCUCCACUUGACCUGAACAAAGCUGUGAAGGAAUUUGAAAAAAAGUUCAAAGAUAAGACAAAGAAUGACUGGGCGAAGCGAGGUUCCUUCACUGCGCAUCCUGGAAAAUACACCAUGAUUGAAGUUCAGCAGGGCUAUGAGGAAGCAACAGUCAUGAAGAAUGAUGUAGUGGAUGGAAAUAGUGUGCGUAAGAAAGUCCGACCAAGCACUUUAGAUAAAAACACCCAGCAGCUGAUCAAAUUGAUCUUCAGCCACGAUAUGUUCAAGGAGCAGAUGGAAACAAUGAAUCUUGAUUUGAAGAAGAUGCCUCUUGGGAAGCUGAGUAAACAGCAAAUUGCUAAGGGGUUCGAUGCAUUGGAUGAAUUGGAAGAGGCCUUGAAGAGCCCCAACAAUGCAAAACAGCUGGAAGAGUUGUCCUCAAAGUUCUACACCAUUAUUCCUCAUUACUUUGGACGUAAUCGACCCCCUGUGAUUAAUACUGCAGAGGUGCUCCAAGCCAAAAAAGACAUGCUGUUGGUGCUUGCAGAUAUUGAACUUGCACAGAGUCUCCAAGCAGAAAAGGAGCAGAAGCAGAAGACAGGAGACGUUGAGGUGCCAAACCCCCUGGAUGAAGAUUACAAUCUGCUGAAAUGCCAGCUCACUCACCUGUCCCAGACUACUAAUGAUUUCAAGAUGGUUAAGAAAUAUGUGGAUGAAACUGGUUCCAGUCAUCUGAAGGUUGUCAACGUCUGGAGAUUGGACCGGGAAGGAGAGGCCGAACGAUUCAAGGCUCACAACAGCAUCGAGCACCGUCGCCUCCUGUGGCACGGGACCAACAUCGCCGUUGUUGCUGCCAUCCUGAAAACCGGGCUGAGGAUCAUGCCGCACUCGGGGGGGCGUGUCGGCAGAGGCAUCUACUUUGCAUCGGAAAACAGCAAAUCAGCAGGAUACGUUGGUUACACAUCCAGCAGGGAAGGCAUCAUGUUCCUGACUGAAGUGGCUCUGGGGAAUGUGCACUACAUUUUCAAUGAUAACUCCCAACUGAGGAAACCUCCCAUGGGCUUUGACAGCGUUGUUGCCCGUGGCAUCACCGAACCAGAUCCUUCUCAGGACAAGGUGGAAAUUAUAGAUGAGAAGAGGGUGAUUGUGCCGCAGGGUAAACCCAAGAAGGUGAAGCUGGCCAAAAAUUCCAGCUUCAGCCAGAGUGAGUACGUCAUCUACCAGGAGAGCCAGGCACGCCUUCGUUACCUGGUGCAGGUGCGGUACUGAGAGCUCUUUCCACCAGCCUCCCAGAAACAUUCAAGUUGAUGGAGUCAGAGCAAGCUUGCUUUCUUUUAUUGGGACUGCUUUUGAACAUUACACAUUUAACCACUGUUGCUGCUCUGCUUUGCAGGUACUAAAGGGUGGAAUGAGAUCCCAUGUGCAGGUGGGACAUAUCACAUUGGUGAUGGGGCUGAGCACUAAGAAUGGGUUCUUUCUUGUCACCAAGUACGGGCCUGUUCAUCUGGGCCGGUUUAUACUUCAUUUGCCCAGACAGUCCCAUUUCAAUCCAGAUAGGUUGAUAGCACCUGGGUGAUGUUGUGUUGGGUUAAUGUUGGCAUUGAUGGUCUAGGAGCUUCUAACCCAGCCACAUUGGGGCUUGUGCAAUGGGCAGCACUGACAGAUGUCUUCCUUGGCCCUUCCUCACUGUAAACUGACCGUUUCUGCUCCUAGAACUUUACCAAGGACAUUCGCUGACCAGCAUCCACUGGACAGGCUGAGAAACUCAUUGAGUUAGAAUCUAAACCUCCCCCACCCCCUCCCUGAGAAAUUCAGUGAGCUGAUCUGGGUUUAAGUCCAAACACCACACUCUCCCUACAUCCUCUCUCCAGGCUAACUGAGUACUUCACUCGAUUGCUAAGUUGGACAGCAUUAACAUCCAGACCAUCUCCAAACCCCAGAGUUGUUUGGGAAUUCUGCCCCCAAGGCACAUCGGUUAGUUUGAAUAGAUCCACUUUCCCCAGCUGAUCCCAGUGGUAGACUCUGGAAAAGCCGGAAUCUAGGGAAGAAGUCAAACUGCUGCCAGUUGAGGAAAAGGGCCUCGACCACAAGUGUGAGCCGGUACAUUUCCCACCUCAGGUGUUGAGUUGUCUCCAGCUAUGGGUCCCUCAGGAGCCCUUCAUCAACUCUCACACAGCCAGUGUAAGUACUUUCACGGCUGGUUUGUUCCCCAUCAGCACACCAGCCUCUUGUUGAAUGUCUGAGAAAUUUAUUUCCAAUAUUUUACCUUCCUUUGUGCUUGGAGACCACCAGCAGACUGACAUUAGGGCAUUCCCUUUGUCCUUGGAGACUGACACUGGAGUAGGAGAUGUAAGGUGAGUUCUCCCAGGAUUCCGGCUACAGACGGACAUGGUUUGAUUCUGGUUUCAUUGUAUCUAAUCAAUAGUCUGUGGACCUUCCUCGAUACCCCACCUCUUUUCCAAGCAUCUCGCAUUUCUCCCCAUUACAUUGAGAGUGAGUGGCAUGAGACUGACUAGCAGAAAUGGAAGUUGAGUAAUGAGUCUUGCUAGCUGACCUUUGAACUGGGGUUAGCUAGGGUGGAGGAUGCUGACUUGAUAGUUCUGUUGGGGGUGCAAGCGAUUACAAGCCCUAGGUUGGCCAUGGUGUCGGGACCCUGUACUCUGCACAAGACAGCUCCUCCCUGGUGAGGAAUAUGGGUCAGGAAGGCUGUCUUUGGCAACCUUGGAUGGUUGACCCCAUGUUGGUGGGUCUCACUGUGGAGUACUCUGCACUGCAUUUCAAACUAUUGUUAGGUGCAAGAUUUCCUCUAUUGGGGUGUUGCACUCUAUAGAUGGUCCUGUAAUUAGUCUCUCUUAAUGUUGACCGCAAGCUUCUGAUGAUGUAUCUGCACUAUUAAAGCAUUCUCUUGUUCGAGCUGGUGAA